AUGCUUCGCAAGCUUCAAUAUCUAUGCUUCACAAUAAUCCCUUUGCUUGCCGCUUGUCGCCAGGAGGUCAAGGGCUACGUGAAGAACGGAGCCAAGCUUGAUGCCCAGGAUCUCUAUGGCUGGACUGCCCUGCGAUACGCUGUGCGAGCUGAUCAAGUGGAGGCUGCAGAAGCACUGAUUGAGGGUGGAGCAGAUAUGAACCUGUCCUCCAAGUCCGGGCGUACACCUUUGAUGUCUGCAGCAUCGAAUGGGAUUGCUGACAUGGUGAAGUUGCUUUUGGAUGCCGGGGCCGACGCCAAGGCAGUCGAUUCUACUAUCUUUGAAGAGUCUGAAGUCCCCUGUUUUUGCCGAGCAUCGUGA